GAUUGCCUGGAUACAGCUUAGGGUAAAGUUAUCACAGAAUCGGCAAAUUAUAACAGGACACAAGGAUAAGAAAGGAAAGAAUAAACAAGGGCAAAGUAUUAAGAGUACAUUUCGAAAAAAAAGCGAAGUACAACAAGAGUUUAGCUUUACCAUUUUUAUUUCACAAAAAUGUCGACCUCUCCUGCGGCGAGCACCUCUGGUGCUGCUUGGAAAACUGUGCAGCUGAAGUUGUCACAGCAUGGCGGAACGACUGCUACCACCCCAUCCUGGUUCUGGACGUUUCAGCUCGGAUCGCGCAGCUGGCAGGAAGUGUAUCAAGAGCAAUUGCGAAGAAGUGUCAAUAGCCAAGAAGCGGCAACAGCAAGAACUGCAACUACAACGGCGACCGACAGGACGGGUGUUGAUUCGGCAGCGGCUGCAACGGAAAAAAAAUUGAUCGCCACAGCAGGCGCAUCGACGGCAACAAAAACUUCUACAUCGAGCUCUGCUACAAGGGACGAGACGACCACCAGCACCAUCGAUACGAAGCUGCACCAGGACUCGGUUCUCCAGUUUUGGGUCGACGCGUGCAAACGGGAGCUUCCGCAGGAACUCGGAGAGCACGCAGAGUUGAUGGACGAGGCAGGCUGGGUGGUCGGGUUCAGCGGCGACUUCCUGUUCGUGCUCGGCAAGCUAAGCCUGGAGGACCCCCGGCUGGUGGUGCUGCAAUUUAAGAGGAUCGAGAGGGAGAAAGGGAUCACGAUUCAGGACCUCCUGGCCGUGUUUCUCGGUGCCAUAUUCGACCCGUUCCACAGCACGAACAGCUCCGCCGGGCCGCGCCGCCCCUUCGAGGUGGUUCUGGAGUUCUUUCCAGAGGCCGAAGUAGAAGAUUCGGGAACAAACAAGAAACCGUCGGACACGGACCUGAUCGAGUUCCACCGCAUCCUGGCCGACAAGCUGCGCAUCUCUCGGGUGCGGUAUGAGGGAUACAAGCCGGCCAACGCGCGUGGCAAGUACGAGGAGGUUCCGGUCAAGAACUGGUGCGCGAACUGGUUUCGCAUCGAGAUGCGCUUGCCGCUCCUCUUGGAAGGCGAGGACGGUGCGUUUUUUCGGGAAAUCGUCGAGAAAGAGCGAUGGAAGCCGGAGCCGAAUAAAGAGACGCCGACGCAAACCUUCGCCUUUCGUCAACUGUUCGGGGGGAAGCUGCUGCCCAAAUUGCAGAAGGCACUGGUCACGAAGAUGAAGCAGACUGACGAGGAUCAUGAUGAUGAAAGUGAAGGAGUAGAAGUAGAUGUUGAAAGCGAAGAGACCCGGGCGACGGUUCGGACUCACUUGAAGCAGGCAGAAUCUUACUUGCAGACGGUGAAGAAUUUCCAGGACGCCAAAUCCGCCGUAUUGAAGGAGGCCGCCCAUCUGAAGAAGCGGGAGAACGUGUACUGGUCGGUGGCUGUCGACCUCAACGGCGGGCUGCAGCCUACCCUGGUGAUUCGUGGCUGCAGCGAGGGCGGGAAGGUGGAGAUGAGCAACGAGGUUUUGAUAUCCUGAGUAAAAACGUACCCACACCAGAGUUGUAAUGCAAAUCUACAUGCUGAAAAUGUUUCUCAUGCGGAGCUCCAUGAGAAGCAUUUUCUAGUCGUGUUUUGCAAUUUGUCAUGCUCCAAUCAGCAUGGUGCGCUAGAUCUGUGAUGCUGCUGAGCUAGCUCAAACAGCACUACACUACGAAUCCAAAUUUGUCAUGCAAAACAGCCAAAACUUGUGGAUUUGUCUAGCCGAUUCCCCAUCUUGACUCUGGUGUGGGUACGUUUUUACUCAGGAUAUUUGACCAAGCACCCCAUCCGGUUGUUUUGGAACGCCGCGUACCAAAUGCAAAAAUGUCUGGGUCUGGAAAGAUGCAAGGUUUGUCAUGCACAUUUUGCGUGACUCCUGAUGUCUGCGAUGCAUGCCCUAGCAUCACAGAUCUUGUGAGGGCUUUCUGAUGCCUAUACCGCAUGAGAAAUGCCGUCUCGCCGUGGCCAAAACGAGACCUAUUUUGCUGUUCAUGCAAUACAGAUUUUUGGAUAAUGCAGACGCAGCAUCACAAGUUGCAUUGUUCCAGACCCAGACAUUUUUACAUUUCAUACCGCGGUGCCCCCACCGGAGGCGCUCAGUGACCCGGCGCUCAGUCGCAACGCUAUUUUUGGCCAUCCCGCGGUGGAAGAGGUCACGCACAGUCUCUGCCAGACCAUGCGGGUGUGCGGUUACCGCCCCUCCUCCGUGGUGCUCGCCCAGCCGAGCGUGUGCGGGCUGGAGCGGCGCCGCUGCUACGAGCCGUUCUUCCGAACGAUCGACGUCACUUGCAUUCUAGGGAAGAAAAACUACUUUGAGCACGAACUUGGCCGGAUUGCCGCAGCGCGGGAUGAAAAAGAGGACAACGGCAGGGGGACCUCCAAGUUGUCCAGCAAAAGAACUACACUUUGGGAGAUCGACGGGCAAAGUCUCGUCUGGAAUAUGGUGAGUGUGCUCGGGGACGAUGCGCCAAAGGAAAAAAAACGCGAACUUCUGGAAAAAUGCAGCGGAGCGCUCUAUUCGGAUGGGGUGCACGCAGAAACUACUUGCAGUCCACCAGUCCUCGGAGGGGCCUGAGCAGCGCAAGUCAAGGACCCGUAGAACCAAUGUGCACGAGCGUAAUAUCGCAAGCACUUACUAAGAUUUAUUUCCUCUAGUCCAAGCGCAAACGGUAGAUUUUAUUUCAUGAACACAUCGAGUCAGAGUCGCAGAAUCGUCCAUACUGUCGUAGUCCUACAGCGAAAGAAUUAGUUCAGGAUAGUACUCUAUUCGACCGGAACUGCAGCUGAACCCAACCCAAGCCCGACGCUGAGGUUAGUAUAUUGAUUCGAGGAUCAGUACUACUGCUAGGCGCCUUGUGGUUUUGAGAAGCUGCAACGCGUGUGG